AUGAACUUCACGUCUACGAUAUUGUGGUCUGAUAGCCAGGUUGUACUGGCAUGGCUACGAAAGCCACUUGAUAGUCUUCAAGUGUUUGUUCGCCGCAGAGUUGCAGAGAUUACGUCCCACAAGCAUAUUGUCUGGAAGUACGUUCGAACCGACCAGAAUCCAGCGGACAGUGUGUCACGAGGACGAGCUGCCAAGGAAUUAGCAGAAAAUGACAUCUGGUGGAAUGGACCUCACUUUUUACGUACCGUCGACUACCUAGAAGAGGAACCAAUUACUCUUACGGAUGUCGAGAUUCCGGAGUUGAGGGUACAGCUGGCAGCUUUGCCAGUGAUGAACUACAAAGAAUUCCCACUCUUGACAAAGUAUAGCUCCUUCCGGAAAACGCAGCGGAUUUUGGCAUACGUGCUACGCUUCACAUCGAAUACUAGAAAGAAGAAAGAAGACCGGUUGCUUUCAGCGUACCUCACCUUACCAGAACUUCGAACGGCAUCGCAUUUUAUCGUUGGAGCUGUCCAGCAUCAGGAGUUCUCCAAGGAGAUCGAGUGCAUUAGGUCAGGAGAGUUCAACCAUCGUCUAAAUAACUUGGAACCGUUUCUGCACAAUGAUCUACUGCGAGUGGGUGGUCGACUUAGCCAUUCUGAUCUACCAUUCGAAGUGAAACAUCAGUUGAUAUUACCUGACAAGAGUCCCAUCGUUCGUGGUUUAAUCGCCGAUAUACAUCGCGAGAAUCUCCACACUGGAUGCAGCAGCGUUCAAUAUCUUCUACGACAACAGUUUUUGUUGAUCAACGCAAGAUCUACCAUCAGAAAGGUGUUGAGAGGUUGUGUCACUUGCUUCCGAAUGCAGCCUACUACGAUCGAUCAACAAAUGGGGGAUUUGCCGUCAUACCGUGUCACCUCUGCACCAGCCUUUGAGAGAGUUGGACUUGACUUUGCGGGUCCAAUCUACGUGAAGCAACCUGGACGGAAAGCCACUUCAAUAAAGGGUUACAUCUGUGUCUUUGUAUGCAUGGUCACGAAGGCCAUGCACCUGGAAGCAGUGGAUAAUUUGUCAGCAGAUUCAUUCCUGGCCUCAUUUCAGCGCUUCGUAUCCCGGCGAGGCUUUCCGAAGGAAGUGUUCAGCGACAACGGAACAAAUUUCAUCGGUGCAAGAUCUGCUUUGCGGGAUCUGUAUCUACUCUUCAAGGAGGAAGCCACCCAGAACAAGAUCUUCGAGUACUGUCAAGCGAAGCAGAUUGACUGGAGAACGAUACCCCCAAACGCGCCACACUUUGGUGGGCUUUGGGAAGCUGGAGUGAAGAGCGUAAAGACAGUACUAAAGAAAGUGUAUCAAUUCACUCCAUUGACACUCUUCGGACUUUCCACCCUGUUAUGUCAGAUUGAAGCAAUACUGAAUCCGAGACCAUUGUAUUCCUUAUCAAGCGACCCAAUGGAACCGGAAGUGCUAACUCCUGGACAUUUCAUCAUAAACCGUCCACUUUUGGCUAUUUCCGAACUAUCAUUGAUGCAUCUUCCGACCAAUCGACUAUCGCACUGGCAGCGCAUACAGCAGUUGCGCGAACACUUUUGGAAGCGAUGGUCUAAGGAAUAUGUCACCGAGCUGCAAGUAAGUGGAAAGUGGACCAACAAAAGGAAUAACAUUCGACCUGGAAUGAUUGUCGUGCUAAAGGAAGAUAAUCUUCCCCCUCAAUGCUGGAGACUAGGACGUGUUGUGAAGGUUUAUCCUGGAGCCGACGAUUUGGUAAGAGUGGUUGAUGUCCAGACAAAAACGGGUACGUUUCAAAGGCCGAUACACAAACUUGCGCCUUUGUCGAUAGCUGAUAAUGAGUCUACUUCUGCAAUUUCCACUUCUUGCCUGGGGGAGAAUGUUCAGUCCAACCUGUUCGAACUGAAGCGACAGAGUGGCAGCGAGCGAACGCUUUAUAUCCACUAA